AAAAUUUCAGUUAAUAACAAAAAGCCUUACGCUUAACUGCUACGGAGCAUACGCGAAUAUGUCGUUAUUGAACCUUGGCUAAGAGGAACGGAAAAAUUCCAGUGAUGGCCGCCAAUUGUGUUAUAUCGUUCGAUCAAAAUGAGUACGGGACCUAUUUUACAGGUCAACUGUUGACGGGCAAAGUUGUUAUAAAUUUAAAUAAAUCGAAAAAAUUCAAAGGCAUUAAACUCAAAAUAUGCGGUUAUGCACAGUGUCAAUGGCGUGAACGACAUGGACGCAAAAAGCCCAUCUAUAAAUCCAAUCUUAAAAGGAAACAUGUCUAUCAUGGUCAUGAGGACUAUAUUGCAUCGACAACCUAUCUGGUGGGUUCAGAAGAUAGCAGUCCUUUUGCAAUAGAGGCAGGCACCCACACCUACACAUUCUCCUGUCCCAUACCAGUUAACUGUCCAUCAUCUUUUGAGGGUGCCUAUGGACAUGUACGUUACGUGGUGAAAGUAAUCACAAUACGACCCGGAUCUUCCAAUAGAACUUACACCAAAGGUUUCACUGUCUUGAAAAUGAUGGAUCUGAAUAGGGAGAGCAGUUUAUUGAAGAGCCCAGCAUAUAACGAAGGCAUGGAAAAUUUUUGCUUCUUUACUUCACAAACGGUUCACUUGCGUGUGGACAUCACACAGACGGGCUAUGUUCCCGGCCAAAUGAUACUGGUCAGCUCACACGUUAAGAACGAUACAAGUGUGGAUGUUAAAAAGAUUUUCAUUUGUUUGAACUUGCGCGCCACCUACACUUCGGAUACUCCCUGCAUGCGCACCUCGGAUGAGAAAUUGUGUCUGGUCAAGAAAUAUUGUGGCUCUGUACCUCGUCACAGUGAACGUGACUAUGCCGAAGUUAUUCGAGUACCAGCCACCCCACCAACUUGUGAACAUCUAAGCAAGGUGGUGAGAAUCUCCUAUGAGAUUUGUGUGGUGGCCGUCAUGAAUCAUCUCAUGCACAAUCCCAAAUCGGUGAUACCCAUUACCAUAGGCAAUGUGCCCUUGCUGAUGCCUAGCGCCCCAGUGGAGACGCCAAGCAUUGACGAUGUACCCACAACUUCGGCCUGUGCCAUGCAAAGGGCCGAGAACAUAGAUCACAGCAUGCUGAGUGAGGAAACGGAAGUUGAUUUUGAAUUGCCUCCUCCUAGCUACGAAGAGGCCAUGUUUAUGACCACCAAUUUAGCAGAUGAUGAUGUGAAUACCGUAAGUGAACAAGUCCAAUUUACUCCCCGUUAUCCGGUAUACGAUGUAGAUGAAAUGGCGGUCAAUGGUGUUCCCCCAAAUCCACCUUUAAAGAAGAAGAAAAGAAAAAAGAAGAUCAAUCAGCUGCAGACAGUGCAGGAAAUGGAAAAGGAGAAGCCACCCAGAGAAUCGCCCGUGGAAAUUUAACACAGAAAUCUAUGAAAAAGCUUAAAUGAUCGAUGUAUAUAAGAGAAGAAAGAAAAAUACUAUUCCAAAUAAAUAUAAUUCAUUAAA